UCAGCAGAAAGAACAGACACGCCCAGUUGUGCUUCAAAGCUGAGGAACGAAAGUAAGGCUUUCGUUACAGUUCUGGCAGACACAAUGGCAGACGCAAGCCCAGUCCAGAAUCUGUGUAAAGAAACAACUUGUCCAAUUUGCCUGGAGUACUUCAAAGAUCCAGUGAACAUAGACUGUGGGCACAUUUUCUGCCAAAAUUGCAUUGCCCAGUGUUGGAAUGAGCCUGACACAAAUACAUCUUGCCCUCAAUGCAGAGAGCCUUGCCAACAAAGAAACAUCAGACCAAUCCGACAACUGGCAAGUAUUGUUGAAAUCAUCAAGAAAUCCAGUCUUCAGACACUCAGAGGGGCCGAAAUAUCGAAGGACAUGUGUGAACACCACCAGGAGCCUUUGAAAUUGUUCUGUGAUGAUGAUCAAAUUCUAAUCUGUGUGGUAUGUGACAAAUCCAAACAACACAGGCAACACAAAGUGAUUCCAAAGGAGGAGGCUUUUGAGGAGUAUAAGAAUAAAAUUUGGGAUCAUCUGAAAACUCUGAAGAAAGAGAGUGAAGAAAUUUCGACUUACAAACAGAGUGUGGAGACUGAAAUGCAGAAUCUGUUGGAAAACAUUGAAACAGAGAGACCAAAAAUAGUAACUGAAUUUAAGCAACUGCGUGAAUUCCUAGACGAAAAAGAACAGGACUUGCUGACUCAAUUGCAAGUUCUGAAUAAAGAGAUUCAAAACAUCUGUAAUGAAAAAACUGCCAGACUUUCUGAGAAAAUGUCCUCUAUGGAGACAGAUAUCAAGAAGAUGGAAGAAAAACAUAACCAGCCAGAAAAUGAAUUGUUGCAGGACAUCAAAGGAUCAUUGAAAAGGUAUAAGAAGGAAAAAUUUGAGGUGCCCCAAACUUUAUUUCUUCAUCAAAGGAAGCAUAUUGAACAUUUUGGUAAAAUCCAUGAUAGUUUGCAAACUGCCAUCAAUACAUUCAAAGCCACUAUAUUUUCACCGACUCCAGAGCAAGGAGGAUCUAGCAAGAACUCCCCAAUACCAGUUCGUAGUGUGCAAAUGAUACACAACUAUGGAUUUUUUGGAUUUCUUGAUUCCUUAGAGCAUAAGCGUUUGGAAAAACCAGAAUCUCCAUAGCCUUCUGGAAACGUGACCUUUUGGAAAUUAAUUGGCAUUCACACUAUUUGGAAUAAUCAAAACCUUUUUUGUAAAGUGUGAUCUUCCUGAGAAGAGCUAACAACUCAUUUGAGUCAAUCCUCUCUUUAGUGGUAAUUAUUCACUAGUAUCCAUGCAAGGCCAUUUAGAUUUCUCAGCUAUUAGACUGAUAUUUCUUUGAACUGUUGGGAACAAAGUUUAUGCCAAUGCACAAAAAUAUACAACGGAUCUUCAGAAGUGUUAUUUCAGUUGCCCAAAAACAACUAUCUCCCAUAAAAUAUAUUUGGUUUUAUAUCAUGCUCUCAAGAGACAAAAUGAUUAGUCUUUCUUAAAAGUAAUAUAGUUGAUUUACCUACAAACUUCAUGUAUUCAGCAUAUAGGUACAUUGCUUAUCAAUCCAGUUACAGAUAGGUUUGAAGUAGUUUCUCUGUACAGAUAACACAGGACAUCCUUCUUAUAAUCAACAGCAACAUCUUUACAUUCUGAGAGUCUGUAUAAUUGCUGUAUAAUUGCUUUGAGCCCCCUUAGGGGUGAGAAAAGCAGUCUAUAAAUGAAUAAAUAUAAAUAAAUACAUAAAUAAAUACAUAAAAAGAGAUCUGGAUAAAACUGCCACAGAUUGCCACGGAGGCCCAAAUUAUUAAGUUCAUUUUCAUGUUGGCAAUUUAGAAAUGUAUCUAUAAUUUGAAAUGUUGUUAUUCUUAAUAUGAGGGCAGUAAUGGUUUAGGUUAAUAUCCUUUGUGUUUUUUUGUUCAAUAUUCUGUAAAUUGUAAAUUCCUUUGACAUGGACAUUAGCUAACAAUAAAUGUAUUGAAUGCUA